AUGUGCGAGCGAAUGCACAAUGAGAUGCGCCAGAAGAGUCGUCUACACGACCCCUUCUUCGGCCUGAAAGGUCUCGAGCCGCGGCCGACCUCAAUAGCCACCGAGAUCGUGGACACGGAUUGGGACGAAGAAGAUAUGGUCAGUGAGAUCGAAGAAGACGACGACAUUAACUCGCCACGGGUGAGCCUAAACUCGUCGGGUCAACAAAGUGCAACAACGCUCUCGUCGUACGACGAGGCGCAUACGCCCAGGUCGAGCAGGACUCGCGAGGCGUAUCCCUUUGAAUAUGAACCCGCGAAGCCAGUUGAGGGCCCGAGAGGACCGCACCUAUUCCGAUCAUCUACAACGUCGUCGUCGAACUCCUUCUACUACCAAGAGGCAUUAAGUCUCUCACCGAUAACGCCCAAGACGGCCAGGCCGUACGAAUGUGACUUGCGGUAUCCGCUCACUUACGACCCAUUGCCACGUUCUCGAACCAGCCCAUAUCAAUUCACCCAUGAGAAGCUGGAACCAACCGAGCUGGCGAUGUGGUCACCACACAAGGUGGCGCAAUGGAUGCUCAACGCUGGCAUUGAGCUGCCGGCCGCCGAGAAGUUUGUUGAGAAUGACAUCAACGGAGCUAUUCUAAUAACAUUGAAGUUCGAGGACCUCCGCGAACUCCAUAUUCAAUCCUUUGGAGUCCGGACAAAAGUCUGGGAGGAGAUACACGUACUGAGGGACCGCAAGGAGAUGUCGCCCAGACCCGAUACCCCAAUUGAGGAUGAAGAGAGCAAAGAGGUGAGGCGGGAACGGAGGAGGGUCGAGAAAGAGGAGACUGGUGAGUUCGAACGAUGUCCGAGCCUGAAGCGCUCCAAGAGCCUGAAGCGCAGCCAGAGUCGGAGGAAGCCGUCCCACGAAGACAUCAUCUCACCCAUGGAGUCGGUAUCUAUCGUCGGCAUUGAGCAGAUGAUGCCAAAGCCACACCACUGUUCUAAGGGAGAGAACUGCUCAAAGUACAGGAGACAACAGCGGAUGAUUGAGGCCUUCAAGAAGGACCACCCCUUUGUCGAUACAGACCAGGGCGGCAUAAUCAUGGUUGCGGGAAACCCAGGCAACCCAGAGACCGCGCCAGCCAUCAACCGGCCAUCGUCGACUGAGGCCUUGCGACCAUUCUCUGAGGCCGUACCUUCCGUGGUGGCCUCUUCAGACGUUCUCGGUCCUGGUAUCCCUGCUCUGCAGUAUCUGCAAGAAGCCGCCCUGCGCAACCUGCAGACGCAAGACCCCCAGGACAAUGUCCGGCAGUUCCUGGACUUCCAGCACCAGCAGCCAGAUGAAUCCGGCUGCUCGAGUGAAGCGCCACCGACUCCCCACUUCGAGGUUUACCCCGGUGUGCAAGCACCUCACGAGCGUCUGCGAGCCCUGCCCAAGCUCGCCAUCCCCGGACAGCAGCAACAUGCCCAGAGACAGUCGUCACAACAGCCAGGCCCCUCGAACCUGCGGAACUCCUUCGUCCCCUACCGGAUGGACAGAGCCGAGGCCCUGUCACCAGACCUGCAGACGCCAGUCGGCCCCUACCGGUUCGGCACGCCCUUCUCGGAUAUGGACAUCCCGCUGACGGCCGUCCCGCUGGGUCCCAUCGCUCGGGAUGCCUCGCAGUCGGUUCCUCCGGACAUGGGCUACCACGCCGCGCCCGUGAACCGGAUCAACCCCUCGCGAGCAUCCCACCGCCCGUCCCUCCAGAUCAUGGCGCCCGUCGUCGAGGACGACGCCAGCACGACGCCCAUCGCGCGCACCACGCCCAAGCCGCCCUCGCCCUCCCUCGCUCUCAGGUUCUCCCCACCGCCGCGGGUCCCGACGCGGCCGCAACACCCGCUGCAGGCGCCGCCCCGCGCGCAGUACCCGUGGUCGUCGGCGGCGCAGGCCCUGCAGGCUCAGCCCAACGCCGUCGUCGCCGAGGGCGUCGCGUACCAGGGCCCCGUCAAGAAGCGCAAGACCCGGAUGCUGCGGCACGAGUGGCACGACCAGUACGCGGUCCUCAAGGGCACGCAGCUCGCGCUGCACAAGGACGCGGCCGCGGCGGGGGCGCGGGAGCGCUCGCUCGAGUACAUCGACAUCGACGACUACGCCAUCGCGUGCUCGUCGCUGAACUCGACGUCGCGGCUCAACGCGGCCUUCAAGGCCAUGAGCAUCUCGCGCAGCAAGCAGGCCGGGGUCAGUGCCGACGACUCGGUGGCGGCCUUCAGCUUCCAGCUCAUACCACAGGAUUUGCAAGGGGUGGGCGCGCGCCUGCGCAACCACAGGCGCGAGAGCCGCAGCAUCGGGUCCGGCCCGCUGACGGGCGGUCUGGAGGGCGGGUUCAACGGCACGGGCAAGACGCACCAUUUUGCUGUCAAGAGCCGUGACGAGCGCAUCGAUUGGAUGCGCGAGCUCAUGCUGGCUAAGGCGCUGAAGCAGAAGGGCGAGGGGUUCGAGGUCAGUGUUAAUGGGAACAUGAUCUGA